AUGGCGCAAGGAACACUGAAGUCGAAGAAGCUCACGACGGCGACUGCGAAGUCUACGACUAGAAGACCAGGCGUGUUGGGUCCGAAGAAGGGCUCCAGGACGAUUGCGCCGAGGAAUCAGGUUCUCGUUAGGAAUGCGAAAAUGACAAAGAAACAUUCUGCAGGAUUGACUGCUAUGACAGAGCGUACGCUUGGUGCCAAAGCAGGACAUUUGGAAUUAUUGAAAGGAGGCAAGAAGAAUAAAGAUGCUAAGGAUGGGAAGGAUAAGAAGGGGAAUGAUGUUGAGGUGAGGAAGGGAGGGAGCAAGAAGUUUGGUUGA